GUGUGCCCGUGGGAACCGUGUAUAUGUGUGUACAUACAUCUGCCGCGAAAAAUGUUUCCACCGUCGCCGCUUUUGGACAUUUCUGUGCCGCCGACGUUCACGGUUUUGUCGGCUUUUGCGAGGACCUUGCCCCGCGCGGAUGUUUAGACGCGGUUCUCUCGCGGUGUUUGCGGACCAACGGUAAGGUGUGGCUUACACAUGAAGAUUUGUCAGUGCCUGGAAGGCUAGGAUCUAAAACAGUUUGUUUUGCAUGCAAGAGACAUUCCAGAAAGUUUGCUUGACCACCAUGUCUUUUCUGCAUUCUGGUGCACUCUCGUGACCCCAAUGACCUCAACACCACUUUUGACUGUAGAGUCAGCUUUCACCCCAAACCCUUUCUACAACCCCUGAGAAAAGACGUUGACUGACCGUGUGCAUAAGCUGCAGUGGGGCGGUCUUCCAAAUGCCUACCUCACGCCUAAAGAACAAAUCACUGCAGCCACAGCCCUGAUCAGCAGCCACCAUGACAUCAAGCAUAGCGGAUGAUUGUAGCAUCUUUGAUGGGUUGAUGGAAGAAGAUGAAAAGGACAAAGCAAAACGCGUGUCCCGUAACAAGUCAGAGAAGAAACGGAGAGACCAGUUCAAUGUCCUCAUCAAGGAACUUGGCACAAUGUUGCCGGGCAACACAAGGAAGAUGGACAAGUCCACCAUCCUGCAGAAAAGCAUUGACUUCCUGUGUAAACACAAAGAGAACGCAGCUCAGUCAGAGUCGAGUGAGAUCAGGCAGGACUGGAAGCCUCCAUUUCUUAGCAAUGAAGAGUUCACCCAGCUCAUGCUGGAGGCUCUGGAUGGGUUCUUUAUAGCAAUAAUGACUGAUGGUAACAUCCUCUACGUCUCUGAGAGUGUCACCUCAUUACUAGAACACCUACCGGCGGACUUGGUGGACCAGAACCUGUUAAACUUCCUGCCAGUUGGGGAACACUCCGAAGUGUACAAGGCUCUGUCCACACAUCCCACUGACCCAGAGAGCCUUAGCACCGAUUACCUGAAGACUAAGAACCAUAUGGAGUUCUGCUGUCAUAUGCUGCGAGGGGCCAUUGACCCCAAACAACCCCCUGUCUAUGAAUAUGUUAAGUUCAUCGGCAACUUCAAGUCUCUCAAUAAUGUACCCAAUGUUACGAGGAACGGUCUGGCAGGGGUGUUACAGCGGUCACUACAACCUGCCUUCGAUGACCAAGUGUGCUUUGUAGCCACAGUCCGGCUGGCCAAACCUCAAUUUAUCAAGGAAAUGUGUACAGUGGAGGAGCCAAAUGAAGAAUUCACCUCCAGGCACAGUUUAGAAUGGAAAUUCCUCUUCUUAGAUCAUAGAGCUCCACCAAUCAUAGGCUACCUGCCUUUUGAGGUUCUGGGAACAUCAGGGUACGACUAUUACCAUGUGGACGACCUGGAGACGCUAGCCAAAUGUCACGAACACUUGAUGCAGUAUGGUAAAGGGAAGUCAUGCUACUACCGUUUCCUGACUAAAGGUCAACAGUGGAUCUGGCUACAGACACACUACUACAUCACCUAUCAUCAGUGGAACUCCCGACCAGAGUUUAUUGUGUGCACUCACACAGUAGUCAGCUAUGCAGAGGUGAGGGCAGAACAACGCAGAGAGCUUGGCAUUGAGGAGUCUAAUCCAGAAGUCACUGUGGAUAAGAGCCAGGACUCUGGCUCAGAGUCACAGCUCAACACAUCCAGCUUGAAGGAGGCUCUGGAGCGAUUUGACCACAGCCGAACACCCUCAACCUCCUCGCGAAGCUCCCGCAAGUCCUCAUCACAUGUCUCUGACAACACUUGCACUUCUUCCAAGCUACACAUGGAUACCGCCACGCCUCCUCGGCAGUCGCUGGCCUCCACCAUGGAGAUGACAUCACAGCGUCGCUCAUCCAUCAGCAGCCAGUCUAUGAGCUCUCAGACCACAGGACAGAGUGUAACUCCAGGCAUGAUAACUCAACAGCAGCAGCAGCAGCAGCAGCAGCAGCAGCAGCAGCAACAGCAACAGCAACAGCAACAGCAACAGCAACAACAACAACAACAGCAACAACAACAACAACCACAGCAGCUCCAGGCAAAUGUACAGCCGGUAAUGGAGUUCUCGGCGCAGGUGAAUGCCAUGCAGCACCUAAAAGAGCAACUAGAACAGAGGACCAGAAUGAUCCAGGCCAACAUUCAGCGACAGCAGGAGGAGCUACGACACAUCCAGGAGCAGCUGCAGAGAGUCCAGGGACAGGGCAUACAAAUGUUGCUGCAGCAGCAGGGCGGAGCGAUGAAUGUACAGCUCCCUCAGGUUGGGUCGGUCCAGCAAGCAACCACUUUGACCAAUCAGGUCCAGCAAACAACGAUUAACCCUGUCCAUUCAGGGACUCAGCAGCUUACCAUCCAGCAGCAAGCUCCUCCUCCUCAACAGAACUUACAGCAGCAAACCAACGCCCUCGCACAGCCCCAGCGUCAGCCCCAACAACCUUCCCAGGCUCAGCCCCAGACUCAGGGCUCUGUAUCGGCUCCGUUAUACAACACCAUGAUGAUUUCCCAGCCAGGACAGCCAAAUGUGCUGCAGAUCAGCACCAGCCUGCCACAAACCAACACACAGCAAGGUACAACUGUGGCAACCUUCACACAGGACCGACAGAUCCGAUUCCCAGCAGGGCAGCAGCUGGUGACCAAGCUAGUAACAGCUCCCAUGCAUGCAUGUGGUGCAGUCAUGGUGCCCACCUCUAUGUUCAUGGGGCAGGUGGUCACUGCAUACAACCCCUUUGGUGGUCAGCAGCAGGGAGGGCAGACCCAAACCCUGACCCUACAACCGGCCCAGCCGCCUCAAGGUCAGCCCGACGGUCAAAACCAGACAGCUGUUGUGGCACAGAGCAGCCAACAGGGGCAGCAGCAACAACAACAAUUCCUACAGGGCACUCGUCUGCUCCAUAGUAACCAGUCCACCCAGCUGAUACUACAGGCAGCUUUCCCACUCCAACAACAGGGAACUUUCACCCAAGCAACACAUCCCCAGCAAACACAGCAGCAACAGCAACAACAACAACAACAGCAGCAGCAGCAGCAGCAAAGACAACAGCAGCAACAACAACAACAACAGCAGCAACAAUCUCACCACCAGAGGCACCAGCAGCAGCUAAAACCGCAGCCCCAGAAACAGCCGAAAGCCCCAUCAACACACAGGACUGACAGUGUCAGCAGCCAACCACAGUGAAGUCUUCGGGAAAAUAUGUCAAGUGAGAAAAUCUGGGGAACUGAAACUCUUAAGGGAUUGCUGCAUACAUUAGUUUUGGUUGUGUGGCUGUCACGAACCCCCC